AUGACGAAUCAUGAUAAAGAACAUCAACUCUUAGCUGAAGCGCUAUUGGAGUAUGAGACCCUUUCUGCAGACGAAGUGAGGCAGCGACCAACGCCAGCAGCGGUGAAAAGAAGUAAUGAGACUCGCCAGCAGCAUACUCCACUCAUUAGGACUCCCUUUUUGGUCAUUUGCUACGAGGAAACUGGUACUGUAACUCUUAAAAAUUUAGUCGAAGGUGCAGGUCAAAGUAUGCGUCUUAGCUUGAGCUUAGAGUUUAUUGCUUUGUGUGCAGAAUUUACGCGCUGCGGUUGGACUGUGCCUUUCAUCCUUCUUCGAGUAUUAUUAGCUAUUUUUCCGUCUUUGGCUGUGAUUUUACCUGUAAGUCGUGUUUUUCUGCAAUCCUCUGCGGCAUGUUCCAUCUACGCCACUGCGGCUCUAUCCGCCUUUCUUCCUCUACGCGUGCGACGUUUCCAUCCUUUCGCUCAGAUUUCUAUAUCACUAAUCACGAUCAUAGUUCUGCUGUCUUUGUUGCUGAUGUGUUGA